AUGCCGAGCAACGGAAUAAUGACUAUUGCUGAACCCGCGUCUGAAAGCGUUUGUGUGGAACUCAUCUCGAACCCCGUCACGUCUGGAUUUGCUUCGGCAGCUGCUGUGAUAAUCGCCUGCAGUCAGUUGAAAUCGCUGCUCGGGCUAAAGGAUAUCCAUGGAGAGAGAUUAAUUGAAAUUCUCCAAGGAGUAGCCGAGAAAUUACACGCGACGAACUUUUACGACUUGGGCAUGGGCAUCACUGCUAUUCUGCUCCUAACUGCGCUCAAGAGCGCGAAAGACGUGAACCUGGGACGGUGCAUCAAAGACGCGAAGGUGCUCAAGAUAACGGAGAAAAUCGUCUGGGUGGUAUCUACAGCCAGGAACGUGUUGAUAGUGGUUCUUUGCGGACUUGUGGCCGUUCACGUAAACAACGCCAGAGGGGAGAAACUCUUCACUCUCACCAGCACCGUUAAAAGCGGCAUCCCGAAUCCGGCAUUUCCUCCUUUCUCGAUCGAAGAUUCCUUUCAAAACGAUUCCCUCACAGGGGAAACGAACUUCGUGAAGGGACAAAGUUACUUCGAAAUACUUUCAGACGCGGGUUCAGCAAUAGUCAUUAUUCCGUUGCUCGGCAUUCUGGAACUGAUCGCAAUAUGCAAAACAUUCGCGAAAGGAAAGCCGGUUGAUGCGAAUCAAGAAAUGAUAGCAUUGGGAAUGUGUCAAAUAGCAGGAGCCUUCUUCCAAUCCAUGCCCAUCACUGGGUCAUUCUCCAGGUGUGCUGUGAAUGGAGCCUCAGGGGUUAAAACACCCCUCGGUGGACUUUACACAGGGGUGAUAGUUUUACUGGCACUUGGUUUCCUGACUCCGUAUUUCGAGUUCAUCCCGAGAGCCGCAUUAGCUGCGAUCAUCGUCUGCGCCGUCAUCUACAUGAUCGAGAUCGAAGAAGCAAUCCAUGUGUGGAGAACCAAAAAAAUCGACCUGGUGCCGAUGCUGUCGACGUUUUUUGCCUGUCUGGUCAUUGGCAUUGAGAUCGGCAUUCUUAUCGGUGUCGCUGUGAAUGCGUCCAUGAUCAUAUUGUUCAGCGCUCUGCCAAAGGUUUCGGUCACAAAAUCCACGCUGCAGGACGAAACGGCAGUGAUUUUCUUGACCCCGGACAGAGCGAUCCAUUUCCUGGCAGUGGAAAAAGUGAGAAAUCUUUUCUCGAAAACCAUUUUCAAGAACAAGGACGCGGUGGUGGUCUUGGACUUUCAGCACGUGAUUGAUUUGGAUUUCACGGCUGCCAAAGGAUUUGUUUCUCUCAGUCAAGGCAUGAAAGAAAGGAAGCAGAAUUUAGUCUUCGUCAAUGUAAACUGCGAUGUCGAGAAAACUCUCCAUGGACUGCAGGCGAACAUGGAAAUAUACCAAUCAGCAGCCGAUUGGAUAUCACAAACUGCCUUCACAACCGCCAAAGUGGCCGCCACUUUGGCUGUUGGUGAAAAUGGAGGAAUUACCUUGGAAGACCUGGAGGCAAAACUCUGCCAGGGGUCCAACGGAAAUAAUGCAAUUGCAAUCCCGAUGGAUGCGGAAAAGCACAAUCAAGUAUGAGGCCUUCACAAAUGAGUUCAAAGACAAAACUGAGAAGGAACUAAUGCAGCAUUAUUUAUUGAGUUUCCGCCGAAACGCAUCGUGCCACGAAUUCUCGUUCCGACGCUUUGUUAAAAUGCGCAGCGAACGAGGAUGAUGAUUCAUUGACCAUUGAUAUAAUCGCCGCAUUAAGUCCAUAAUCGAACUGAGGUUAAAACUCAUCGGAUGUCAGCAUUGAGAAUAUUUUCUGGGUGUGAAAUUGCUCGAUUAUCCCGAGUGAUUCCGAGUUGCCAUCAUUGGUGAGUGUGAUUCCAGUCGAUUUCCGCGACAUGAAGUGAUUUCGCCUUUUUUUCUGUGUUUUGCGCCAAAUGUUUACUAAAGAGAUUUUUACAACAAACA